AUGUCUAGCCACAAACUCCACCCCUUCUCUACUCCGACGGGCCUUGCGCAUAGCAAAGUGAAUUCGCGCUCCCAGUCACGACGAUCCUUGACACCCAAUGGCCGCGUCCUUGCGAGUUCUGCCCGCCUAAUGAACAGUAUCGAGGGCGAUCUUGGCGCGGACGACGACCCACGUUUAGCCAUUUUCAAGGAGUUAUAUGCCAAGAGCGAGUCUCGUCUUGCGUCGUUGUUCGAGAAGGAAGAGGUAGAAGAUGCGGAUAUCGAAGAAAGUGGCGCAGAACAUGAGCCUAAGGAAGAUAACGCUAUGGACGCCGCCCCCACCCAGCCGUCACCUACCUUGAAAAGAAAGGCCCGAGCUAUCGACGAAGACGAUUACGACGACGAGUCAGAAGGCGAGGAAGCCUCAGACUCUGCCAAUGUCUCGCCUCUCAAGUCCAAGAGCGCUCUUCCCCCCGCCAAACGGGUCCUUACUUCCCACCCUAUGCUCCGUCAAAUAUCGCAGUCCUCAGCACCAGGCAUGGGCGAAGGAACACAGGCGGGUAAGACCACGGAGGAGGCGCGAAGGAAGCUAGAUGAAGAAGCCAAGGCAACGGAAGACGCGGCGCGCCGCACGUUUCAUACGAUAUUCUACACCUUAGAGAACGAUAAAGAUGCAAUGCUUGAGCAGAAGAAGCUCGAAGAGUUAGAGCGUAAAGUCGACGCCGAGUUAGGCGACGGAUCUGGCCAUCACGCUGGCUCAGGCAACGCUCAACAAGGCAUACUCAGUCAGACGAACUUGGGCGCAUCGAGUCUGACACUGAAAAACCUCAUCAAGCGUAUUGAUGAUGAAAGGGACAAAGUGAAAGCGUCUGACUCGGAGCUCAGAACCUUGAUGAGCGAGGUCAGAAAGAAUCGGAGCAAGUGGGCGAGUGAGGAAAAGAUUGGCCAAGAAGAGCUUUACGAAUCUCUAGAUAAAGUCUUGAGCGAACUGAAAGGUCACACGGAACACUCUACAUACUUCCUCAACAAGGUCAAUAAGAAGGAGGCGCCAGAUUACAGCGUGAUCAUCAAGCAUCCCAUGGACUUCGGAACAAUGACAAAGAAACUCAGAGCCCUUCAGUAUAAGUCUAAGCAAGACUUUGUCGACGAUUUGAUGCUCAUUUGGGCCAAUUGUUUGAAAUACAAUGCUACCCCAGAUCACUACAUGCGUAAGCACGCCACUUUCAUGCGGAAACAGACAGAGAAGCUUGUACCAUUGAUUCCGGAUAUCACUAUCAGGGAUAGGGCAGAGGUAGAAGCCGAAGAACGUAGACUACAGCACAGUGCUGCUGAGCUUGAUGGUGACGAAGAAAGCGAUGAUGAACCAAUCAUCUCUUCCCGAGGUCGCCCAGCGCCGAGCAAGAAGUCAAAGAAGGGGACAGUAGCUCGAAAAGCACCUGCCAGCACCAAAGAAUCUUCGCAUGGGCCUGACAGCAAGCCGCCUACGUCUUUGCCUAAUGGGCUUUAUGCGCCUAGAGACGAUACUGUCAAGCCGGAUUCGGAAGUAGGCGCAGAAGGGAGCCACAGUCCACCACAUGGGACGGCAACGCCUACUGGUGUCGGCGCUUUACUUGCUCAUGCAGCCACGGGCUCUCAGAGCGAGCUUGCGGACGCUGACACGGAAUCUAUGGUUAAUGGCAUUGUUCCUUCAAUGAAUGAGCCUCCCGAGGAGCCUGAAUAUGAGGAUUUGGAGUAUAAGAUUUGGAAAUCGGUCACGAAGAAAGAUCGAGCCCUUGUGACUGCAGAGCGACAUCGACUUUUUCUGGGUGACCGCCUGGAUCCUGAAGCGCCGGCCCUUCUGCGUACUAAAGCAGGCAUGAGAGGCUGGCUCCGGAAACAGAAGCAAGCAGUGACCGACAGCCCUAUGAAUAAGCCACGAGUAGACGCGGAGAUGGACGAAAGAGAAAUUGCACAACCAAAGGGAGAGACCUUAGCUGAAGGAAUGGAGGGUGAGGAUGAGAAAGUGCUUCCAGACUACUACGACCCACUAGCUGCGAUACCUGACAUAUCAGCUCGCCUACGGUGGGUCGAGGACUCGGAGGGUGAUGUUCAAGACAAUGCCGAAGAAUGCCUUCGAGAAAUACCGAAAGGGAUUUUCCUUACUCCACAAAGUGCUUUGACCAAGAAGAUUGACGGCAACAUGCAUCAAGUGCAAAAGACCAGGAAAAUCACCGGAAAGAUUGGUGUUGUCAAACAGAUGGCGUUGCAGUCUCAGCUCUACCAAGGCCAAUUUCAGAAGACCGACAUUGUACCACUUGCCGAGCAAGACGUCAAUCCACACGUCACGUCCUGUGAAGGCCCCGUAUUAGCCCCUGAUACAAGUCGGGCCGCACUCCGACGCUCAGCAGCAAAGCUCCUCAUGCAUGCUGGCUUCGAAGAAUUUCAACCCUCAGCAAUGGAAGCAUUUACUGACAUGGCAAGCGACUACUUUAAGAAAAUAGCUUCAACACUAACGCAAUAUUCCCAAGCACCUCUUGUUCCCAUCCCUGUGCAAGGCCAGGAGAAUAAGGUCAUAUGGAAGCCUCGCUUUUCUCGGCAGGACUGCAUUUUGCAUACCCUUCAGGAGAACGGCGCAGAUCUAGAAUCCCUAGAUACAUAUGUCAAUGAAGAAAUUGACAGGACCGGCACCCGAAUAAAUGCGACCCAUGACAGGAUAAAAGCUCACCUGGCUGACUUGCUGCGUCCUGCCCUUCAUGAUGCAGGCCCAGAUGGGUCAGGUGCUUUCAAUGACGACAGCGAGCAGUUCGUAUCUGGCGACUUCGCCGAAGAAUUGGGCGACGACUUCUUCGGGUUCAAGGAAUUAGGUCUGGAUGUUGAAUUUGGUGAUGCAAGCAUGAGUGUUCCACUGCACCUCCUUCAAAAGAGCAUGUUCAAUGCGAAUCGAGCUCAAAAUUCACACACCGGAGCAUCCAAUCUUCCGCUGGUGCUCACAGAGCCUGAACCUUACGAACCUGUUACGAUCGAAAACGUGGCAAAUCAAGUCGGCCUUGUGCAGCAAUUCUUCCGUGACAAACUCACCAGCAACGGCGACAAGCCUCUCGUUGAAGACGACAACCUUCCCAUCAAGCAAAGGAUGCCGAAACCCAAAUUACCACCGACCGGCAAGAUCACCAGUCCGCGCAAACGACCAUUCAAGGAACCAGGCCCUGGCAAAGGUCAUCCUCGGAAGAAGAUGAAGUUGAACGACGGCGACACUGCCAAGAUCGGCGAAGGCGAGGCGGCUGUCUCUACGGAGAGACCGGGCGACCCUGUCAAAACGCCUAUGAAUGGUGAGGCACCAAAAGUGAAUGGAAUCGUGGGUGGCGAGAACAUGUCGAGAGAGCCAAGUAGGAACGGUGUGGUUAGCGGAACUACUCAGCCAACGAAGCCGCUGACGAAUGGCAUAAUGGCUCACUCGAAGCCUGAUGAGAGUGGCGGUGAUGAGAGGGAGUUUGUCACACCAACGAAAAAGGGCAAGGAGAAAGAAGUCAAUGGCGAUAGUCUUCCUUCGCCUGCAAGCUUGGAAGCGACCUAA